AUGAUUCAUUGUGUAUAUUAUUUGCUAUGUUUAGCGAGUGUAGCAGUCGCAGUUACAUAUAUCGAUGAUCCUGGUGAAAACAACGGUAUCAAAAUGUUCGAAUUGAAGAAAAGUUCAUUGGCAUGUCCAAUAAUUGUGGUCGGUGAACAGUGUCCUGAAGAAACGCCACUGUACUAUUAUCGUUGUUGCGGAAUGGAUCGUCGUACUGCUCGUGGUAAUGGGUAUUUUGAUUAUCGGAAGUUUGGUGGUUAA